GUGGUGAAGUGGAGGUGUGACGCUCCUGUCGCCUGGAAACUCCUCUCUUCGUGUUUGGUUCUUUGUUAUUGUUCCAUAGAUCUGUGGUGUAUCGCCUGUCCCGUCGCAAUACUUUUACGGAUUACUGCUGCCGUUGUCCAAAGAUGGAGGAAGGCCCUCGCCGUUGGUGACGCCCUGGACUCGCGCACAGGAAGCCCCGCUGUUAUGCCGCAGUGAAGCCUCGGGCGGGCGACGGGCGCGAGCGAGGGCGGGAGUUAGCGGCGGCGGCGGCGGCAGAGGCGGCGGCGGAGGCGGACAGGUGUCAUGGUGGUCGGGGAGGUCAUGAGCAGAGUGACGCAGCUAUAGUCCAGGGUUGAAGAUGUCGUGGCUGGGCGGGGACGACCCCGGGGGUGGGUACGGGGACGACUACCCGUGGUGGGCGCCCGAGGACGGCCACGGCGCCCGCGACAACCGGACGUGGGAGGAGCGCUGCUACACUCUCGACUACGACUACCACGUGGUCACGGCCGUCAUCUGCGCCAUGUUCCUCGUCUUCGGCGUCGUCUACAGCCUCUUCGGUUACCGUUGCUUCAAGGCCGUGAUGUUUCUAACAGGCUUCAUCUUCGCUUCGGUGGUGGUGUACCUGAUAUGCCUGAGUGAGGACCUGCUGCCCUUGAUUGGCAAUGCAGGCGUGUCUCUCGGGGCAGGCGUCAUGUUCGGCCUCAUCACGAUGCUGGUUCAGUAUGUGGGCCUCUUCAUGACUGGUCUCCACACUGGUCUCUUCCUUGGUGUGGCAGGCAUCGCUAUAGCCUACAAGUGGUGGGUCCCAAGCAGUGUGUGGCCAGUGGUAGGAAUCCUCCUUGCUGCAGGCCUGUUGCUGGCCAUCACAACCCUGUACUUCCAGAAGGGACUGACCAUCCUGGGCACAGCCAUCAGUGGAGGAGCCAUCAUGUCUGCCACACUAGACUACUUUAUUGAGAAGUUCCUGAUGGUGCGUUGGUUUGAGGACCGACUGAAGGUGGUGGAGAGCGAGCCUCCAUGCUGGUUCUCGUGGAUGAUCCUGGGUGUGUGGCCCUUCAUGGUGCUGGUGGGGAGCCUCACCCAGUGGAAGAUUACAGGCAGAGGCAUCUAUCAUCAGCAGUUGGUGCCCUCCAAAAAAUCUCGAAGUGUGAACCUCCAGCGAAUGAGGAGUCGAGAGGCCCGGGCUGAGAUGCGCCAGAAGAAAUACCGGUAUUUGUAUCAAGUUCGUACUGCUCACGGGGACAUCAUCAGCCAGGAAUACAUUCAGAGUCUCCAGCGGAAGGCUUACCCUACAGGGGACAACGGAACCCUCCAAUCAGACUCAACGCACACCACCAUGUUACCCCCGGAGCACACUCAGCUAGCACCCCUCACCGAGAGCGAGGAUGAAACAGGGGGGUCCCAGCCGCCCCCCACUCCACCUGAACCUCCGAGAAUGACCCGCGUCACAAUGCACUAGCACAGCGAGUGACCAAAAAAGGACGUGCAUUGGGAAUGUUGGGACUUGUACCAGUCAACAUAAAGAACAAGGACAACAAGACAGAGGUCAUGCGUCAAUGACUCCAAGAGAUAUAUAUAUAUAUUGCUCCAUAGAGAACCAAGAUGGGAGUGCUUUCUAUAUACAUUACAACUAGUUCCCUUAUAAAAGAAAAAAGAAAAGAAAAGAAAACAGACUGAGAAACAAUGGUAUAGUUCUAAACUAUCAUUGUGAUAAUACAGUAUAUAGAAAGUGUGAUUGUGUGAGUGUAUGGAUGUAUGUGUAUACUCCAGAGUUACCAGACUAGUGUUGUAUUCACCUGCCUGCAAGAGCAGAGCUUUGCUGUAGUUUGCAAGCAUCAUAAGUGUACCCCCUUUGUUAUGUGACUUGACUAUAGCUUUGAGUCUUUCAAUGCAGACAUUUUACUGGAGGGUAUGCAAGUUAGAAAAAGAAAAUCCCAUCAUUUUUAUGUUCUGGGAUAGUUUUGACACUUUUUUUCAAGCUCAGUGAAAUGAAUAUCAUUUUGCUUUUGAACUCCAGUGAAGACAAAGAUUAAUUUCAAGGAGUUAUAGAUACAAACAACCCUUUCUAAUGAUGACAGAGCUCACCAAAGCUCAAAAAACAUGAGAGGCAAUGAUGACCAGUGAGCAACUGAUACAUUUUUCCCUUUUUUUUUCCUUUUUCUUUUUACAAGAGGAUAUAUGAAAAAAAGACAAUUUUGGGGGGAGGUAAACCAUCAGACUCUCACAUUGUGGUUGCCAUUUCUGCUGCUAAGUGAUGUGAUGAUGUGGCAGUAAUAUUGGAUUCUGUGUAAUGAAAAUAGUCAACCAGUGAGAGGAGGAGGAAGAAAGAGAGAGAGAAAUAAAAGAGAAUUGCCAAUCAUUCCAGAGGAAAGAAUAAGAAAGAGAGAAUAAUAGUGCAUUAUCUCUCGAGAAAACAUAUAUUUCUUUCCAAUACUUUUGUAUUUUGUUUCUUUUUUUUUUUUUUCUUUUUUUAAUUAUCAUCCAGUGGAAAGAAAUGGCUCAAGCAUUAGCUAGAAAUGACUCCCAUACAAAAAGCUCAAUGGCAAAGAGUGGACGAAUAAGCACAGCACAAGUCUGCCGCAUGUCUUUCUGUAAGAUUGUAGUCUUUUAUAGGAAUGUUGUUAUAUUAUUUGGCUACCCUUUUUAUAAACGGCAUUAUCCAAGGCUUUAAACAUUUGUGUCUGCAGUAAUUUUUCUCUCUUUUUUUUGUAUUAUGUAUCUAAAUACUGACAAUAGCUGUAUCUCAGUAACUAGUAUUGAUAUUUUACUCAUUCUAUUGAUGUUUUAACUAGUGACAUGAUUUGGUUUUUGCCAUCUUAUUUAUAUUGAUAACACAUUUAUGUUGAGAGUCUUUCAUAAGUGUUUCAUAAGCAGUAUAUAUAAUUUAUCUGUCUUUUUUCUGUUUUUUUAUAUCUCUAUCUUUCUACGUAUUCCUCUUUUUAUUGAGCAGUGGCUUCAAAAAUGAUACUUUGUGAUUUCUUGUUUUGUGAAUUCCAGUCUCCUUGGAUUUUUCUUGUUAUUAUUUGCAAGAAUUCGCUUCACUGUCAGUGUAGGGAUACUUCUUAUUUUUCCCCUCAAACACAUUGCCAGAAUAUUCUCCAAUUUUGGACAACAGCAAGAACAGACCAUUUUCUAAUAAUGAAUAUUGUAGAGUUUCAGUGGAGGAUUCUGUUCCAUGAAAUGCUGUAGCUAUUCAGUGACAAGGGCCUUCAAUAUGAGAAUAUUUGUCCAAGUAGUGUAAUGCUGUACAAAAAGGUCUUAUUUUUUCCACACAAGAUUUUACUAAAAGCUGCAAAUGGUUUAGCAUGGUCAAAGAUUUUAGCAUAGUUUUUUCUCCUAUUAAAAGUAUAGGGGUUGAUAAGCCAGUACUAUAAGUUUUUGACCAUUUAGACAAAGAUUAGAUGACAUUUGCAUUUUUUCUUACAAGCAAGGUUUGCUUAUAUGAUUACAUCUCCACUAAAGUUAUCCUAAGCUGGUGUAUCCAACUUAAGAACUCAUGAAAAAAAGAUUUUGAACUUCUUGCUGCUAUAGUUCACCUCAAAUCUCUUUACAUGUUUAAAAAAACAAAAAAAACAGCAAGAACAACAGUGACAGAAUACCCAUAAGAAUACAAUUAAUAUUUUGAAAUAUUGGCGUAUGUGAUAAAAAAAAAAAGAAGAAGAGAAAAGCUUAUGAGAAAUAUUGCUUGUUUCUGUGGGAUAUUUUUACCUCUUUUUUUCAAGGUAUUUCCCUAAGAUUUCCAUGCUUCUUGAAACCAACUGCAUCGCAUGAUUUAUUGCGAUAUGCCGAUGAUCUGUCUUGGCCAAAUAUGUCUUUAUUGUUUUCCAAUUGUGUUUUCUUUUUUAUACAUACACAUAGUUGUAAAUUAAACAUGGUUGCAUGUUUUGCUUUCUUAAUUUAUAGAGUAGGAGAUAUUAUGUGAUAGUAAAUAUACUCCUUGUGUGUUCAGUUAUUUUAUAUCAUUGCUUUAAAUGAGAGCUAAUGAAAUAUGUAUUCCCAGUACCACAAAGAAAAAGGUUUAUUAAGACAUUUUCCUUUUUUCUUUCUUUCUUUUUUAUACAAGCAUUCUUUUGUUCAUUAUUUCUACUUCCCAUAACUUAAAGUGUUUGUUUCAAAAUGGAUCUUGGAAAUUCUACAUAGGUUACAGAUGCUAUCCUCACCAGAUCUUAUUCUAGUGCUUUCAUUUAGUCGACUGUGUUUACAGAUUUUUUUAAGAAUUUGAAAUUGGUCAAAAUUGAUCUCCCUUCCUCUUUUAACACCCAACCCUGUAUAGCAUUUCCCACCAAAGAUGACAUUAUUUUGUAAUGCUUUUCUAUCUGUUACGAUUAUUCGUUCAUUACACUUGCAUUUUAUACUUUUCUAUGUAUGAGAUAUGUUUCAGUUUCAUUGAUGUUUUGAUAGAUUGGUUGUUCAGUUUUAAUCUAAAGGUAUUUUCUUGUCAAAGUUUCUGUUAUUACUGGUAAAUGCAAGUCGAUUUCUGUUAAAAGGCAAUUUUGAUUUAAUCUUGGGCUUUGAUGGAAGUAAUCAUUUGCAUUCAGAUUUUAACAGAAAUUAGUCAUAUGUACCGGUAUAUUUAAAGUGUAGUCUUAAUGAUAACAUAGUCAGAAUAACCUUGUUUUUCUGUUUAGUAUUUACAUCACUGCCAUAAUUUGAGCGAAAGGCACUUUUGGUGCAUUGCAGUAUUUAAGAUGCAUCAGUUUUAUUCAGUGACUAUCACUUGCAGAACCAAAGCUCAGCAUUUUCUUAAUUCUCUUUAUUUUUCCUUCUCUUUAUGUGUGUAUUAUACAUGUAAUGAUUCAUAUGGCCAAAUCAUGGGGUAAAAAUGCAGGAAGUUUUUUUUUUUUUUCUUUCUUUUUUUCCAUACAGAUCAAUUGGUGCUUUGUGUUUUGAUUAUGGAAAAGCUCCAGUGAUUUUUACUCAUUGUAAAACACACUAUAAUAAGAACAUAACCAUGAGAGCUUUUUGCUCACAUACUCAGCAAGAUAUAUGUCUUAGCAGUACUCAUUCACGCUCUCCUGUAUGUUUAAAUCAGCUCGGAGAGUCUCAUCUUCAUGUAGAGCGCUGGAGCCAUGCAGAGAGGUUAAGGAUACAACUGAGAGAACAGUCAAAUGUCAUCAAGUCAUAGCUCAUUAGUACUAAAUAGAUUCUACGUAAUCAGUUGUUGUUUACCUCAUAUCAAUGAUAUCAGUAUGGUUGUAGUAAUGUAUAAAUGUAGAAAAUUUAAUGGACAUUUUUGUUAACUGUAUAAAGUUUCAAUAUUUGACGCAUAGAUUUGGAUUGAACCCCAGAUGGAUUAAGUUGGAGACUUACCCUUUGGACAGGUAUGAUUCAGCUGUUGUAAAUUAGGCACCGAGGCUUCUCAAGAAUUUUCCUUUAUCUGAUCUUGAUCAAUUUCUCUCCAAAUUGUGGAAGGAUCUAUUUCCAUUUUAUACUAAUGUAUUACUGAAAGAAUAGAUUUGUUCAUGCUCAUCAAUAUUAGUCUUUUUUGAUAAUUCAAUAAACAUGUGAAUUGUGCUUUAAACAGUUCCACUGUAGGAUAAAAUAAUGUGCACAUUAAUCCACUUUCAUUAUAUGAAUCAGAAGCCAUAUCUUCAUAAUACAUUUUUUCAGUGGACUAUAAAUGAUAAAAAGUACAUAGUUGAUUGCAAUGAAUAUACUGGUGAAAAGUUGGAAUUCAGUCCUGUACCUGUCAAAUGGCUAACCUAAUCUCUGGUGACGAACAAUGACGUCCUGUGCCUGCCAUUAGUUCUCAGAUCAGAAGUGGUUGUCGAAGUGCAGGAGGUGUUUCCAUUGCCAGUCGUUUUCAUGACUAUAUCAAGUCCAUCUCAGUAUGGUAGAACUUUGUGUUAUUUUGUAAAUUAAGUGUGGGAGAUUGCUUGGCCCAUAGUUAUAACAGGAUCCAGUUGCUAUUUUCCCUUUGUAUGCUUUUGUGGUGAUAUGACUGGAUUGAAUAUAUCACAACAACACACAGUCUUGAACAGCCAUUGUGAAUGGGUUAUAUACACGAGGCUUUCAAGUCAAUCUGGUUAAAGCUUCAUCAAGGAUGGUUCUCUCCAAAGAUGAAUAAUAAUACAUCUAAUGCCCCACAGCCUCUGGAGAAGGGAAGUGAUGCAAUGAAUGUCUGUAAUGUCUGGUGAGAGUAAAGUGCAUCAGUACGCUUAUGUUGUGUUGCUGGGAUCUUGUAGAGAGAUAAGCACAAGAUGUGAUGAAAGUAGUUAUGUAAAUACUGCACCAGAACCUACAAACAUGGAUUGUGUUGAAGUCUUCUUGAAUGAAUCGCUCCUUCUCACUGUAAAUAUUGGCCAUUACUCAGACUGUACUCGUAAUAUCACUAGGUAUGAAUGUAAAGUUUAUAUAAGGGAACACAGUUUUGUAUAACUUGAAAAGUCAGUGUAUGUACAUUGUGUAAUCAUUUCUUACAAGCUGAUACGUGCAAUUCUUCAGAGGCAGGUAUUUGUACUGUAUUGCAUCAUGUGCUCUUUCAAUAAUAACAAUGUUUUAA